GACUUUACUUCCUCAUUCCAAAUAUUCAUCCAAAUGACUUAAGAUAUGUUUUAGACCUUACCAGUACACAAAUGGAUUAAAAUGUGAAGAUAUGGAUAAGAAGACAAUAAUGAACUAUUAAAACAGAUCAAAAGGACCUUAUACAGUUUUAUUUCAAAAGGAAAAUAUGGGUUCUUUGUAACCUAAUUAGAAUCAUCUUUUAAACAAGUGUCUGACUCUCUGCGUGACUCCGCCUGCUGACUUGGUGAAAAGAUGAUGAAUUAAAUCACCCCAUUGAACUACUCAUCAAUUGAACCUUUCAGCACAUGAAAUGAUUGAGCUCAUUAGUCUUCUUCAGUAAUUUGAGUGCAAUUAAUCACAAUAAUAUGGCUUCAAACUUUGGUUCCUCUGUUUAUCAAACUUCUGAUUUGAUUCAUGACUUUGCCUGCUCUCCAUGUAAAGAUGAUGGGUUAAAUAAUGAGGCACAGUUCUUCUGUGACGAGUGUAAGAAAUAUUACUGCAACAACUGUGUGAAUCUACACAACAAACUGUUUAGGACACAUACAGUGCUUGGAAGACAAGAUGUGAGCAAGUGGAUGGGGUAUGCAGGACUGAGCCCCAUAGAGGCAUGUGACAAACAUGGUGACAAGAAGCUUGAACUGCUCUGUGAGGACCAUGAUGAGCUUUGUUGCCACAUUUGUGUCUCUCUCACUCACAGAAUGUGUCACAGCAUCGCACACAUCCCAAAUCUAGCUGCAACAGUUAAAACUACACCAGAAUUCAAGCAAUUCCCCACCAAUGUAAGAUUGACAACAACAAAACUUCAAACACUGACAGACAAAAGAGAAAACAACAAAAAAUCCAUCAAAGAAAACAGAAAUAAAAUACUUGCUGAAAUCAAGACACUGAGGAAGAAAGUGAAUGACAAGUUUGAUGAAAUAGAGAAGAAGACAAAUGACAUAUUACAAGACCAGCUCCAUGAGGCAGAUGAUUUACUGCAGGAAGACAUUGACAAAUGCACUCAGCUUCAUGACAAAAUUAAAUAUUUCUUAGAAACAAUUCAAUCCAAGCAAGAUAACAACAGCUCCUAUAUAGCAUACAAGAAAUGCAUGGACAAUAUGAGUGAAGCAGAGAGUCUGCUACAGGAUCUGUCAGUCAAGCCUGACAUGAUCCUCACAUUCCAGGCUGAUCCCACGAUUGAGAAAUUCCUCUCUGGACUAAACACACCUGGGGACAUUUUUUAUCAAAACUUUGUGUUUAAGGUGAAAAACAAAUCACCGUACAAAGUUACUGUGAGAAGUGAUAAAACAGAGUGCAUGAUAAAUGGUAUAUGUGAACUACCUGGAGGAGAGACCCUCAUCACAGACCUCAGAAACCACAAGGUAAAGCUGCUGGACUCCCAGUACCAGAUGACAUCAACAUAUAACCUCCCUGAUGCACCAACACAUAUCUGUCACAUUACAGGAAAUGAAGCUGCUGUAACUCUAGGUUACAAUGGUGUGCACUUCAUCACAGUGACAGGUAGUACACUGAGUGUAACAAGGAAGCUAACAUUUCCACAUACUUGUCUUGGUAUUUCCCACCACAAUGGUAACCUCUAUAUAGGAUCCAGGACAGCAAUUUACCAGUACACAAUGUCAGGUCAGCUGGUAAAAAAGGUAUACGAAGACAAUAGUGCUGGAGUCACAGUGGGCAGAUUCACAGUGAGCAGGGAUGGCACCAUCAUCUACAUACCUGAUCAAGUUAACCACAAGCUGAUCACCAUUGACACAAGUGGGAACAUUCUGUCAACUCUUCAUCACCCCGACUUUAACUGGCCUACGUCAGUGUGUGUGAGUGACAGAGGACAUGUGUUUGUCUGCUCUUAUAGAUCUGACACGGUGACCCAGGUGGACAAGGAGGGCAAACACAAACUGGCCACACUGGUCACAGAGACAGAUGGACUUAUCUUCCCUACAGCAGUAUGGUUUAGAAGACAAACAAACAAUCUCAUUGUUGGAGAAGCAAGAAAUGAAAUAUCAGUGUUUGAAUUGGAGUAAACAAAUAAAGCUUGAUAACUGAAAAUUUUAAAAUAAUAGCUGUAUUUUUCUACACUUUGAACAUAACCAUAGAAACUGAAAGACAACGACAGAAAUAUACCAUGCAAUUUCUGAAAUAAAACAACAGACAACAAGGAAGCAGGCCAAAUAUCAAUGUGUGCUAUUUAAAAAAAAAGUGUAACAGGAGAACAUGGACUUUAAGCUACACAUGUGUGUACAAUCAUAUUGAACAUGUGUGUGAAGAUUCAUGGUCAUUGGUUAUGGUUUUGAACAGUCAGGCCCCAGUUCCAUUUAAGUCUUUUUGCACAAGAUUUAGCUAAUCUCACUAUUUUUCAUAUAUAAUUGUUGUUAUAUGUACUUCUUUAAGAGUUUUUUUAAAUAGUUUUUAGACUUCAAGAAGGAACAAUUAUCAUGAUAAUCACAAUAAAAAAAAAUCAUUUAUCAAAAUCAAGUCUCACUACUUUUCUUUUAUAAUAUGUGUAAUUAUUUACUUCUUUAAGAGUUUCUUUAUAGCAGUUAGACUUUAAUUAAUAAUAAUUAUCAGUAUAAUCACAAUAAACCACUUUUCAUUCAUCAAAAUCAAAUUCAAGAAUGGAAUUUGACUAUUUGAAAUAAGCUACUGAAGACUGUUAAGCUUAAGAAGUUUCCAGAAAUGGGACCAGAUGGUUUUAAACAUUGUCACAAUCAUUUAAGACAACAAUAACGCUGACACCUGGAACGCUGAGCAAAAACCUGGACUUUCUUUGUGAAUAAGUGUAAAGCUAAUUAAAAUAGAAUAAAGGACAAGGUGGCAUAACACCAAUCUUCUUGUGAAGGAAACAUACUGAAGAAGAUGGUUUGAAAUCAUUAUUAUAUUGAACACUCAAAGGAAAGUAUUCAUGAACAAAUUAAGCCAAUUGAACAGGCAGUGUAGAUAAAGGCAAUUCUACUAUCAGAGUAUGAUUGACAUGGUAAUAUACAGGAGCUGUAGUGUGCUGCACUGCAAUAAUGGCAAAGAAUUUGAAAAUCAAAAGUAGGGAACAUAAAUGAAGACUUAGUGAACCAGUGAGAAAAUCAAAGCGCGAAUGCACUGAAAGACAAGCUGCUAGCAAGUAUGUAAGUGUUGUGUAUUUCAUUCGAACAAUGACUAUUCGAUGGAAGAAGGGCACAGGAGGAUCAACUCAAUGUCCGUAUUAAUUGAAAAAGUGACUGGUUUGUGGCCGAGGGGCAAGAGCGCCAGGUCCCACAAUGGGCGAGGAAACAGACAUGUGUAUAUAUAUUUUAUGUCAGGUGUCAAUUUGUUGAAUUAAAAAUCAUUUAUACUACUGUAAUACCCAUCCCCAUGAAUGAUUCAAGCCCUGUGUUAAUGGCUCCUUAAGAUUUUUUGGUGCUUUUAUAUCAUACAAAAGGAAAUUAUAAUAAAAAAUAUGAUUAUAUCAUUUCCUUUUAUGGACAUACACUUUUUGUUUGAUAAUUCAAUUCUACAAACAACAUCGACCAUAAAUUCUUUCGAAAUGCACAGCUUAUUAUAAAUAAAUGUUUGCCCACGUUGAGGACAAACAUGUGGUAACUUAAUGUAUGAAUAAACUAUUUUUAGAUCAUCAAAAAUUGCCUGUUUUGAGAAUGAGAAAAUAAUUGUGCUUUUUACAGUUUUAAUGCCGUUAAUCUUUAAUGUAAAUACUUCGUGGAAUUGUCAUAGAAUACUUUCUUGUAGUAUAGCAGACAAAUCAUAGUUUUUAAAGCAUUAGCAACACACGUAGCUUCAACUAGAUUGACAUUAAGACAAUCACUUUUUGUUCUUAUCUCAUAAAGUAAUUAAAAAACAGACCAUAAAAAUAAGAAUGUUAAGGGUCACUCCAUUUCUGGAAAUUCUUGGACUUAACUCUAGAGUGAAUAUCAUUAUGUUACCUUUCUUCGAGAGCCUCCAUUAAUUUGACCCACACUAAUCUGAUAUAUAUAAAGCAAUCUAAAAUUAAUAAUAUUCUGCUUAAUAAAACGCCGGGCUACAGAAGAACAGUGCAGAAAUAGCCGAACUAGUAAGAACUCAUACUUGGGCCACAAUUCAAUUAUUCUAUUUUAAUGGUUUCGACGACAUUCCGCUAAACAUAGAAUGCUUUGAAACAAAAAAAAAUGUGCAGUUAGUCUUAAAGUGAAUAGAUAAAAAUAAAGGUAUCAUAGAUUUUUUCUUUGACGUAAGCUUUACAAAAUGUAUGAAAUUAUGUUCCUACAAUGUAUAUAAUACCAUGUAUUUCUGUUUAUAAUAUGAUUCUAGAUGUGAACCGCACCAAGUAGAAAUUUGGGCUUAUAUAAAAUAUGAUGUAAGCUGAAAGUAUGAUGUCAUAGUGACAUGUGACUGAAAAUAGAAUGCUGUUUACAUGGUAUGACAUGUGUGUUAUCACGACCACUUCUGAACUGUAUUCUGUUUCUGCUUAUUACAAGUAAGUAUUACUUAGUAAACAAGUGCAAAACUGUGUAACAGUGAGUCCAAGUGACUGUAUAUGACUUUAUAUGUAAGUGAAUGAAUGUGACUUUAUUUGUGUCUUUUUUUGAUUAUGUGUGGCAAGUACCUGCUUUUUGUUAUCAUGGAUACUUCAUUGUAUAAGGUGUAUUAUGUUUCUUCUUGCUGCAGUGUGACUUUAUGCGGCUUCAUAUGGCUUUUUCAUAACUGUUGCAUGUGCAUGACUGUAUGUGACUUUAUAAUUAUGUAAAUGACUGUUUUUGACUUUAUAUGCAAGUGACUUCAUGUGACUUAAUAUUUAAGUGACUGUAUGCGCCUUUAUAUGUUAGUGACUUUAUGUGGCUUUAUAAUUAUGUUAGUGAUUGUAUGCAACUUUACAUGCAAGUGACUUUAUGUGACUUUAUAUGUAAAUGACUGUAUGUGAGUUUAUAUGUAAGUGACUGUAUGCAACUUUAUAUGUAAAUUACUGUAUGAUACUUUUUGUGUAAGUGACAAUACAUAAUAAUAUGGGUAUUUGACAGUAUAGAAGUGCAUGACCAACACAUCUGCACAUGAUUUUAAACAAUUUCUUCAGUGUGUGUUAAGUUGUCAAUGAUUGAAUGUGAAAAUAAAUUUGACUGUGA